CUUCUCUGUCCCUCAUAUGUACCCCUUGUCCAUUUUGCUUCUUGUUCUGUAACACUAAAAUAAACCUCUCCAACGCUCGAAAAUCUACACGCACUGCAGCGAGAAUGAAUCGAUCCUAUGUUUAUGUAUAUAAUUGAAGAGAAAAAGAGAGUUUGAGGAACUGAUUAGAUUUUUAUUUUUUGUUUUUAAUUUGAAAAAUUGUGCUAAAGAAGAAAAACUGAGAUCUUCAUACAAAUGUUCUUCAUUUUGUGGCAAGCAAGGUUAGGGUUUUGGUACUGAGAUGUUGGUUUACUGAUGGUUAAUUUUAGCUAGGGUUUGGAACUAAUCAGAUUGCUGAGGUGCAGAUUUUAAAUUGGAAUUAGGGGUUUGAUUGAGGAUUCAAUUGGAAAUAGAGUUUUUCAGUGGCCUUUCCUGGACGGAUCCCAUUUUGCAGAUCAAGAAAUUAUUGCCAGUUGGUUUUGAUCAUACGAGGGAGUGAGUUCUCAAACCUACUAUAAAUUCCAGCAUUUUAAUUGACUGGGAAGUUGUCAUUUUUGAAGGAUAUGGAAGAGGAUUGUUCAUAUAUGUAAAUGCUUUGAGCUGGGGAUUGAUUUUAGGUAAAUUUUGUUGACAAGGCCGAGGAAGAAAAGUAAUAAAAAUUAGAUGCCAUUGGCUUACUAGGCAAGCCAGAAGAUCAUUUAUUAGCGACCAUUUUUCUUUCUUAAGAAACCUUUUGGGUUAGCUUGGUUUCUAGGUGGAAGUUUAGCUGCAAAAGCUUUAAAUUCAGCAUUUAUAUAUUUGGAGUUUGCUUAAAACAAUGUUCAUAUAGUUACUAUUUAUAUCACACUCUCAUUUGGCAUUGAGUAUCGAUAAGAUUUUUGAACUUACACUUGUGUUUCGGAGCUAAGAGGAUUUUAAGUUGGAAGGUAACGGAUGGAUUUUGAGUAAAGUGUUAGUGAGCAGAAGUGGGUGUGGGUGUUUGGACCAGUGGAUAAAUGAGUUACAUGAACCAAUAGUGAAUCCGCAAUCAAUGUGGUGUAAUGGUGCAUGGACAGGAAUAUAAUCAAAAGUCUGUUCCUAUGUUGGAACGCUGUUAUGUGGAAAUAACACAAGCAUAUUUUCUUAUCGGCUCUAAUCAUUUUGCAUGUACUAGGACACUGUGCAAUGUCUCGCUGCUUCCCGUUUCCCCCACCAGGAUAUGAAAGAAAGCAAAGACCAGAAGACUUAGAGAUACUGAAAGUGGAAAAGCGCAAAGAGAAAAAACACAAAAAGGAAAAGAAGAACAAGGAAAGAAAAGAAGGUAAAGAGAAAAAGGAGAGAGACAGAAGUGAUGAUAAACACAGAGUAAAGAAAGACCGGAAAGAAAAACACAAGAAGGACAAGGAGGAGGACAGGGGCAAAGGGAAAGAGAAAAGCAGCAUCUCGGAGGAGGCAACAGUUGCUGGGAAACUUGAGGUAAACACUGGAGAGAAACUUCCUACAAAUGGAGGACAUGAUAAAGACUCGAACAUUUUUGUGGAUGAAUCAGAACAGGCUACUCAGUUUCAGGGUCAAAAUGGGGGGAGAUCUAAGCAGAACAGUUGGCGCUCUCUGGGGAUUGAGGAAUCAAAAUUUGUGCAGGAGUUGGACAGGAGAAUUAGAGAUGAUGAAAUGGCUUCAAGGAGCCAGUUGCUUGGGAGGGUUUCAGAUACCCAGAAAAGGGAUCGAGAUGCAGCUGUCAGAGAUUCUUCUGGUAUAUUGGCAGAAGACAAGGGAAAGAACGAAGAUAAGAGAGUUGAUAAUAGAAAAAUGGGUGUGCAAGGAUUUAGCAAUGAGUUUAUUGGAAAUACAAUUGCCCAGAACCUUUCUGGGAUGGCUAAGAGUAAAGUUGAAGGGAUACCCCGACUGGCUGAGGAACAAAAUGAUAGGAUAUUGCCAAGUAAAGAGAAAUCUAAGGAAAGAGGUGACAAUAAUCGGGAUGGCAAACAGAAGGAUCUUGAGAGAGAGAGAGAGAGCCAUAAAAUUGACAAUAAAAAGAAGAGGGAGAAGAUAAAGGAGAAGACCAAGGGCAAAAGUGAAACUAAGGAAAGCACGCAGGUCAUAUCCAAAGAUGUUGGCAGGAAGGAGACCAGCGGUGUUACCAGUUAUAAAAGCCCACAUAUGUCGGAGGGCAUCAACAGUUCUGCUGUUAGUGAGGGAAAUUUGAGGAAAAGAAAAGAUUUGGAUUCCAAUGGUUUUCUCCAUGAUAGUGAAGUCAGGCACAAUAAAUUGCAGAGGCUCUCUCAUCAAUUGACAGAGAAUGGAAGGAAACUCGAAUCUGCCCGAAUUCAUUGCAUAUCUACCUUGGAUAACCAAGAGGUUCCUAACAAUUUCCUGGUGGAUAACAAAGACACGAAGGUGAAUGAUAAAAUUGAAGUCCAAAAACCGAUUUCAACUAAAUCUAAGCCUUCUGCUACAAGUAUGUUAAGAGAUCAAAUUGUCGAAUCAUCAAAGAAAUCUCCCCAUCCUGAUUCCAGGUAUGUUACUGAAGUACCCAAUGAAUCAAUGAGGGAGGAUCAAAUUGCUGAAGCAUCAAAUAGACCUCCCCAUCCAGAUACCAGGUAUCUGAAUGAGAUACUCGCGGUGCCCAAGUUGGAGUUGCCCAUUGUUGAUGACCAGGAAUGGUUGUUUACCCCUAAAGAUCCUCCAUCAAAUAGCAAGGUGGGCUCAGCUGCGGUCAAUGAGGAGUUGCACGUAUGGUCUCAAGCUGUGCAUUUAGAAUCAGCCGAUAUUUAUGCCCUGCCAUAUGUUGUUCCUUACUGAUUGUCAUUUAUUCAGUGCUAUCUGAUGCAAGAAGCUUGAUUAUGUUGUUGUACCGGGCUCUUCAGAUAAACCUGGUGUACUGACUUGGAUUCUCGGCUUAUCACACCUUUUCAAGUUGUGUUAUGGGGUGGCAUUUUUGCAUGGUUUGCCAGGUUCGGAAAUUGUCUAGAUCACUCGGAAUCCAUGGCCACCUUAAGUCUAGGAUUACGAAGAGGUAAUCAUCUCAAAAUUCAACUGUUGUCAUACCAGAAACUUUCAUGAGGUGUAUAGGAUAAGAUUGGCCAGUAUUGUGGAGGACGAUGCAUAAGCUUUUCUAGUUUAUUGCGUUAAGUUGAUAUGCUCUCCUUUCUAAUUGAGUGUAAGAGUAGCUCGAGUUUCGCUUCACCACAAUUUUGAUCUGUAACAUAGAACUCCAAUUUAUAUGUAAUGUAAGAAGGAAAAGGAAUGGUAGUACUAUUCAUUUCAUUAACUUAGUUAUUGUUCAUCACACUGUUCAGCUUUAUGAUUUGCUCAUAUGUUCUGGUUUU